UUUGCUAAGUCAAUCAUCUACCAAAACCAAAACAAUCAAAAUGCGCGUCUUCUUCCUCGUUGCUCUGCUCGCCAUGGUGGCUCUGGUUGCUGUCCAGGGACAUCGUCCUCAUGGACCUCCGCAGGGUGGUCAGGGGCCACCUCAGGGAUCAGGAGGUCAGGGACCACCCCAAAGACCUCCUCAGGGACCUCCUCAGGGACCUCCCCAGGGACCUCCCCAAGGACCUCCUCAGGGCGGCAACUCAUCAUCCUCGCAGGAGUCUUCCUCCCAGGAGGACUCCAGUGAGUCUUCCAGCGAGUCGUCCAGCGAGGCAUCCGCCUAGGUUCCUCGCUGCGUUAACUCGAUCGCCGAGUCCUUUAAAUAAAAACUUUCAAAACACUUUGAAUAAAGAUA